AUGAGCCCUUCAGCAGUCGAAGGAAAUGGGGUCGCAGAUGUCAAGACGACUCUCAAGCCCAACAUUGGCGUUUACACCAACCCCAACCAUGAUCUCUGGGUAACGGCUGCUGAACCCUCUGCUGAGGCCGUCAAGUCCGGCUCCGACUUGAAGCAUGGCGAGGUCAGUGUUGCUAUCCGCAGCACUGGUAUCUGCGGCUCCGAUGUUCACUUCUGGCAUGCUGGUUGCAUCGGUCCUAUGAUCGUCGAGGGCGACCACAUCCUAGGCCAUGAGUCGGCCGGCGAGGUUAUCGCCGUGCACCCUUCUGUCAGCCAUCUCAAGGUUGGCGACAGGGUCGCUGUCGAGCCAAAUAUCCCCUGCGGUACCUGCGAGCCCUGCCUUACUGGCCGAUACAAUGGUUGUGAGAGCGUCCUGUUCCUGUCAACACCACCUGUUCCUGGCAUGUUGCGCCGAUAUAUCAACCACCCGGCUGUCUGGUGUCACAAGAUUGGAAAUAUGUCGUUUGAGAACGGCGCUCUCCUCGAGCCUCUCAGUGUUGCCCUUGCUGGCAUGCAGAGGGCUCAGGUCGCCCUGGGAGACCCCGUCCUGAUUUGCGGUGCUGGACCUAUCGGGCUGAUCACCCUUCAGUGCUGUGCCGCCGCAGGUGCUUCUCCUAUCGUCAUCACGGAUAUUUCAGAGAGCCGGUUGGCAUUUGCUAAGGAGCUCUGCCCUCGCGUGAUUACACACAAGGUCGAGCGACUGUCAGCUGAGGACUCCGCCAAAGCAAUUGUUAAGAGCUUUGGAGGUAUCGAGCCCAGUGUUGCUCUGGAGUGUACCGGUGUCGAAAGUAGUAUUGCCUCUGCCGUCUGGUCAGUAAAGUUUGGCGGCAAGGUCUUUAUCAUUGGCGUCGGAAAGAACGAGAUUAACAUCCCCUUCAUGCGCGCAAGUGUACGAGAAGUCGACAUUCAGCUACAGUAUCGUUAUUGCAACACCUGGCCUAGAGCUAUCCGCUUGGUUGAGAACAACGUAGUUGACCUCUCAAAGCUCGUCACUCACAAGUUCAAGCUUGAGGAUGCCAUCAAGGCGUUUGAGACGUCAGCAGAUCCCAAGAGCGGGGCCAUCAAGGUCAUGAUCCAGAGCCUGGAUUGA